UUGGCUUUUUUCACUUCACUUCAAAAGGGGCAUUUAGUUCUCUCAAUUCAUUGUGAUUAUCUUCCGAAACAAUGACGGACUAUAAUGCUCAUGGUUACGUUAUGAGCACAAGCCAGUUAAAUGACUUAUGGCAUUAUGACAUGUGGCUUGGGCACUUUAUUAUGGAUCUGCCACUAAGAAGGUGUAAGGCUAUGCCAAAGAAUAUGCCGAAUUUCCCAGAGAUGGGAUUUGAUGACUUUCAAAAAUUGAAGGACCAAGUGAGGGAAAUGUGGAUUACAGCUUCCCACAUUUUUACUGCUAAAAAAGGACCCUACGGUUGGGGCCUAUUUUUCAGAGAGGAACAGUCCCCCUUUGGCAGGGUACUCACUGAAAAGAAGCCAUUGACUCUGGGCUGGUUGGCAAGAGUUCCGUCUCCAGAUAUGUGUCCUACUGGUCACAGGUACCUCAGGUCACCAACCGGAGAAGAAAAGUAUCCUGUGUACCUUGGUGGCCCAAUAAGCAUAGCCAAUUAUGACAAGGUGGACAGAGUUCUCUGCAGGCGUCUCAUUUCACAGAAAGAGCCUAACAAGAACAAAAUGGGAGUGUGCAAAGGACCUAAAAGAAAGCUUUCACCAGGCCAAGAAGUCCUUUGGUCAUACAAUUUCGAUCCUGCAGCCAAGAGGUGUCCAAAUUUUUUUCCUGAAAAUGAAUGGCAGCCAAUUUUAUGUUGUUCAGAAUUGCUGCAGAAGGGGUCAUCUUUUAUUCCCAGCCUUCUCGCAGAAGAUCUCGGGCAGGUUGAAGAACAUGAUGAUCCACCAUCAAAGAGACGUAAAGUGGGCGGUCAAAGACCACUUAUUAAAACCGCAUGUAUCCUCAGUCACAGAUAUUGUACAUACUGUGGUGAGAAUCUCGCACCAUUACAGGGCAAGAAGGUAAACAUUAAGUGUCAUUGGGCACUCAGGCACUCCCUUGAUUUGUGUGCAGAAAUGGGUGUUGAUCCAAACAAUGUCAACACGCCUUUAGACCCUAAAGACUUUAUCAAGCAUCUGGACAAAGUUGACCAUGUGUUCAACUCAUUGAACUCACACAACUACAAAGUGGUUCCUGCCUGCAAAUUUUUUGAAGUAACGAACACUACUUUGCUUCCACCUGAUGCAAGUACAGAAGAAAAGGUUGCAGUUUUUCAACAAUUUUUAGAUGAAGGAAUGUCUGCCUUCAAGAAGUACCAGGUUGUUUACCUAAAGGGUAUCAAGGUUCCACAGAGUUACGAUGACUUGCUCAAGUCAGAAGUGCAUUCUAGUUAUGACAAAAUCAGUUGGAAGACCGACAAACCAUCAGGAAACAACUUUUCUCUUUCACGUUAUAAUAUUACUGACGUUGAACAAAAUGAACACACUCUAAAUAUCAGAACCCACUUAAUCAAUGCCAUUGUGGCUUGGUCACGUGAUAGUUAGUGUUAUCAACCAAC